AUGGGUAUUCUUGCUGUACUUGCUCUACCAUUGCUUCUCUUAGGAAUCAGUGGAAUUAUUUAUAUUUACCAGUCACUCAGGUGGCUAUUGUCCAAGUCAGCUGUGCAGAACAAGGUGGUGGUGAUCACAGAUGCCAUCUCUGGACUGGGCAAGGAAUGUUCUCGGGUGUUUCACACAGGAGGAGCAAGGCUUGUGUUGUGUGGCAGGACAUGGGAAAAGUUAGAAGCCUUGUAUGAUGCUUUAAUUAGUGUGGCAGACCCCAAGAAAGAGACGUAUGCACCGAAGCUCAUACUUCUGGAUAUCUCAGACAUAAACUGCAUUCGAGAUGUCGCUAAGGAAAUCCUGAAUUGCUAUGGCUGUGUGGAUAUACUGAUCAACAACGCAAGUAUGAAGGUGAAAGGAGCAGUGCAGAGCAUUUCAUUGGAACUUGAUAAAAAGAUAAUGGAUGCCAACUACUUUGGACCUAUAACAUUAACCAAAGCCAUUCUUCCCAACAUGAUCUCAAGAAGAACUGGCCACAUUGUUCUAAUUAAUAGUAUCCAAGGCAAAAUAGGAAUCCCAUUUCGUGCAGCUUAUGCUGCUUCUAAGCAUGCUGCUGUAGGCUUUUUUGAUUGUCUUAGAGCAGAAAUGGAAGAAUUUGAUAUUUCUGUGAGCAGUGUGAAUCCAACCUUCAUCUGUUCAUACCAUCGUCAACCAGCACCUGGCAACUGGGAGGCAUCUAUAUGGAAAUUCUUUUUCAGAAAGGUGGCAUAUGGUGUGCACCCGGUGGAGGUGGCAGAGGAAGUCUUGCGCACAGUGAGCAGUAAGAAGCAGGAGGUACUCAUGGCCAACCCUAUCCCAAGAGCAGCAGUUUACAUUCGCACCUUCUUCCCUGAGUUGUUUUUUGCCAUUGUUGCCUCAGGGAUUAGGGAAAAGCUGAAGACAGAGGAGCAAAAUUGAUUUUGUUCAGUACUUUUCCAUGCUUUUGACCUAAAAAACUCUUAUGUUUCAAAUGUCAAUGAUUUCUUCUUCUCACUAUGGGUGGAAUAAAGUAAGAGGCUUUA